AUGAUUAACAGUCGACACAGCCGGGCUGUUGUGCGGUGGUUGGAAGCUCAGUACACCUGUCGACAUUAUCGUCACCAAAUAUUAACAUUUUCAUUCAGCACCAAAAAAAAGCGUGUUCCCGAUGAAAAAUUGAAUGAAUUAUGCAUUCCUGCUACUGUUAUUGCUACAACAAUCAACACAGUUCCUGUCAGUUCCACUGUCAUCAUUAUCGUCAUCAUUGUCAUCAUUAUCAACAUUGUCACCAUUGUCAACACUGCUAGCAGCAGCUACUGCUAUUGA